UGCUGGUGCGCUGGGGCAGCGCGGCGGGCGGGGGCCGAGACCAGAGACCGGAGCAGCGGGCAGCCAGGCUAUUCGGAACAGGAAAGCCGCCAUGAGCAGCAAAUAUGACGUGGUCGUGGUGGGGGGCGGCAUCUCAGGUAUGGCAGCAGCCAAACUUCUGCAUGAGUCUGGCCUGAGUGUGGUUGUUCUGGAAGCCCGCGACCGUGUGGGAGGCAGGACUUACACCGUUAGGAACCAAAAGGUUAAAUAUGUGGACCUUGGAGGAUCCUAUAUUGGGCCAACCCAGAAUCGUAUUUUAAGAUUAGCCAAGGAUCUAGGACUGGAGACCUACAAAGUGAAUGAAGUAGAACGUCUGAUCCACCAUGUAAAGGGCAAAUCAUACGCCUUCAGGGGCCCAUUCCCACCUGUAUGGAAUCCAAUUGUCUUCCUGGAUUAUAACAACCUUUGGAGAACAAUAGAUGACAUGGGAAGAGAGAUUCCCAAUGAAGCUCCAUGGAAGGCACCCCUUGCAGAAGUGUGGGACCGCAUGACAAUGAAGGAGCUGCUGGACAAGCUCUGCUGGACUGAAUCUGCGAAGCAGUUUGCCAUUCUUUUUGUGAACCUCUGUGUCACUGCAGAGACCCAUGAAGUCUCUGCUCUCUGGUUCCUGUGGUAUGUGAAGCAGUGUGGGGGCACAACCAGGAUCAUCUCCACGACCAACGGAGGCCAGGAAAGAAAAUUUGUGGGUGGAUCUAGUCAAGUGAGUGAGCGGAUAAUGGAUCGCCUUGGGGACCGAGUGAAGCUGGAGAGGCCUGUGACCCACAUUGACCAGACAGGAGAAAAUGUCCUUGUGGAGACCCUAAACCGUGAGAUAUAUGAGGCUAAAUACGUAAUUAGCGCUAUUCCUCCUUCUCUAAGCCUGAAGAUUCAUUUUAAUCCUCCUUUGCCAAUGAUGAGAAAUCAGCUGAUUGCUCGUGUGCCUCUGGGUUCAGUCAUCAAGUGUAUGGUUUAUUACAAAGAACCCUUCUGGAGGAAAAAGGAUUAUUGUGGAUCCAUGAUUAUUGAAGGAGAGGAUGCUCCAAUUGCCUAUACGUUGGAUGAUACCAAACCUGAUGGCAGCUAUCCUGCCAUAAUUGGAUUUAUCCUUGCCAACAAAGCCAGAAAACUGGCCCGUCUUACCAAAGAAGAUAGGUUGAAGAAACUUUGUGAGUUCUAUGCAAAAGUUCUGGGCUGCCCAGAAGCUCUGCAACCGGUGCACUAUGAGGAGAAGAACUGGUGUGAGGAGCAAUACUCAGGAGGUUGCUACACGACCUACUUUCCCCCCGGGAUCCUGACUCAGUAUGGAAGGGUUCUACGCCAGCCGGUGGGCAAGAUUUAUUUUGCAGGCACUGAGACUGCCACGCACUGGAGCGGCUACAUGGAUGGUGCUGUGGAGGCUGGGGAGAGAGCAGCCCGAGAGAUCCUGCACGCCAUGGGGAAGAUCCCAGAGGAUGAAAUCUGGCAGUCAGAACCAGAGUCUGUGGAUGUCCCUGUGAAGCCGAUUACCACGACCUUCCUGGAGAGACAUUUGCCCUCCGUGCCAGGCCUGCUCAGGCUGAUCGGAUUCACCACCAUCUUUUCAGCAACUGCUCUUGGCUUCUUGGCCCACAAAAGGGGACUACUUGUACGGGCCUAAAGAGAGGGCAUCUGUAACCACACCCUCUUCCUACUCUACUUGGUGUCUAGUUUGGGGGAAGGAGCUGCAACAAAUUUCCACCAAGUCAUGAAGAAUGUAGAGUGAUGUGGGGAGCGUGGAGAUAAAUCAGACUUCUGACCACAAGAAAGAUGGUAUCUCUUUCUUCACCUUGGCCCAGCUUUGUGUCCCUUACCUGACUUAACUCUCUGUUUUCCCCAUCUUCAAGUUUACUGCCCCCAGAAUCUGCAGUAGUUAAAUCUUUUUAAACAUCCCGGCUGUCCCUGAACAUACCUUGCCCAAGCACAAAAAACUAUUUUGUUUCCCCACCCAGGUGGCUUUGCGUUUGUUCUGCCUUGGAUGUAUCACAAGGUUCUUGGCAUUUGCCCUUAGGACCCUGUAGUGUUAUAGCACGGAGACCUCGGAGGCCAUCUAGUCCCCACCUUCUACUUUACAGUAGAGCUCACUGAAGCUGAGAGAGGCAGAACUUAGUUGUGCCAAGUCCACAAUAAGCCACUGAGAUUUGUGGGACUAGAACACAUGCCCAUUGCUUUUUGCACCUCCCAGGAAGUAGAACCCAGUCACCUCCCCCCACACCUUGCUGUGAUCACUGAUGGUGUCCCCUUGUGUGGGUUUGCUGUGUACUAAGUUGUGACACACUACGCAGAUGCUACUCGGUAUAUCACCCUGUCUUACUGUCUUGUAUAAUAUGUCUUCAGCUGGCUUUGAUUUACUUAAGGGUAGGAAUCUUGUCUUUUCUUCACCUUGUAUCCCCCACUAUGUCUGGAUACAAAGGUCAAUACAUAUUUGGGUAAUUAAAAAUAAAGUUGAUUG